UGCUUCUAGUUCAGAAUGUGAGGGCCUUCGCAAAAUUUACAAGCAGAAACUACUACCACUUGAAGAACACUAUAAGUUUCAUGAAUUCCAUUCUCCGGCAAUGGAUGACCCUGAUUUUGAGGCUAAGCCAAUGAUACUAUUAGUUGGUCAGUAUUCUACUGGGAAAACAACUUUCAUCAGAUACCUUUUGGAGGAAGACUUUCCUGGAAUUCGAAUAGGUCCUGAGCCAACAACAGAUCGGUUUAUAGCAGUUAUGUAUGGAGAAGAAACCGGUUGUAUUCCUGGGAAUGCCCUCGUCGUAGAUGCCAAAAAACAGUUCAGAGCUCUGAGCAGAUUUGGAAAUGCUUUCCUCAAUCGUUUCCAAUGUUCCCUGGUAAAAAAUGAAGUUUUAAAAAGUGUCACGAUUGUCGACACUCCUGGUAUAUUAAGCGGAGAGAAACAGAGGAUAGACAGAGGAUAUGAUUUUACUGGCGUUUUGGAGUGGUUUGCUGAACGAGUUGAUCGAAUUAUUUUACUAUUCGAUGCGCAUAAGUUGGAUAUUUCUGACGAAUUUAAGCGUUGCAUUGAAGCACUCUCUGGUAACGAAGAUAAAAUAAGGAUAGUGUUGAACAAAUCGGAUAUGGUGGAUCAUCAACAGUUGAUGCGGGUGUACGGAGCUUUGAUGUGGUCGCUAGGAAAAGUUUUUAAGACUCCGGAAGUAUCAAGAGUGUAUAUCGGAAGUUUUUGGGAUCGCCCGUUGCAUUACGAUAUUAACAGACGGCUGUUCCAAGACGAACAGCAUGAUCUUUUUGCAGAUCUCCAAGCCUUGCCCAGGAAUGCAGCUUUGAGAAAACUUAACGAUCUUAUUAAAAGAGCCCGGCUUGCUAAAGUGCAUGCAUAUAUCAUCGCAGAAUUACGAAAGCAAAUGCCGUCGAUGAUAGGUAAAGAGAAGAAAAAGAAGGAGCUGAUUGCUAACUUAUCUAAAAUCUUUGAGCAGCUGCAAAGGGAACACAAUAUAUCACCCGGAGAUUUUCCCGACGUCAAUAAGAUGAAAGAAAAUCUUCAAAACCAGGAUUUUACAAAAUUUUGUGCGAUCAAACCGAAGUUGUUGGAGGUGGUGGAUGGAAUGCUAGCUUAUGAUAUUGCGCGUCUUAUGGCCCAAAUUCCAAAAGAAGAAACAGUUGCAAAUGGCGAGGCUUCCCAGCAAGGUGUGCGCGGUGGAGUGUUUGACAAGGACGUGGAAGAAGAAACACCAUUUGGUUUCGGCAAGGGCGAGGGAGUUGACAAAGGUGCUAAUGAAUCUGAAUGGGUUGUUUCAAAAGAAAGAACGCAGUCUGAUGAAGCGUUUGAGCGACUGGAGCCAGUUGACGGAACUGUUUUAGGUCGUGUUGCGAAGGAGCAUAUGAUAAAGUCAAAAUUACCAAAUGCCGUUUUGGGCAAAAUAUGGAAGCUUUCAGAUGUUGAUAAAGAUGGAAUGCUUGAUGCAGACGAGUUUGCUUUGGCUAAUUAUUUAAUUAACUUGAAGUUAGAAGGGCACGAGCUGCCGGCUGAGCUGCCAAAGCAUUUGGUGCCUCCUUCGAAAAGAUCGGGAGAGCCAAUUUAUCCUUCAAUUGAGUGA